AGCCAAAGCUGACAGAUUUAAAUGUCUUGUUUUCACCAAAACCCAAAGAUAUUCAGUUUCCUAUCAUAAGCAACCAAGAAAACCACCAAAUAUUCACAUUUCUAAAGCUGAAACCAGUGGAUCUUUGGCUUUAUUUCUUUGGUGGUAAUGGUUUCCACUUGAGCUGUUUCUUGUUGGUGAUGAAAUGAAAAUGAAAAUGAUUUCUUGCAGCCAGUCUGUGCCUGAAGUCAGUUCAUCCCCACUGCUGCUGCUGUAAAGUGCUCUGUUUCAUCACCAGCAGGUGAAGUGAGGCUGUUUUUUGGAUCUGGAUGGUCACAAACAGACUCCAGCUGACAACCGCAGUCCUCUUAAACCCUCCACUGCCAAACACUGGACUCCUGAUCCCCAGUGACCUGUGUCACCAUGCCAACUCCUAUGAUCCUCACAGCAACCAGGAGUCCUCAGAGAAGCUGCUAGGUUUACAAGCAUAUUUACAUCUGUGUGAGCCUACAUAAAGCUGAUCACCUCCAGCACUGAGAGAGAGAGAGAGAGAGACUAGGAGGGAGACAUGGUUUUCCAGUGGAGUCUGCUGAUGGUUUUCACAUUGCUGGUGAAGACGGGACUUGUGGCUGGAUGUGUGUGUCCAGCAGCCACCAUUUUGUCCCAGUUUCCCUCUGAGGUUCCUGCUGGCAUCUGUUGCCUAAACUACUCUGGUUCUGCUUUCAGCCAUGUGCGCUGGUCUUUGUUUACCAAUGAGACAAACAUAGAGACACUGGAUCUUUCCAACUGUAAUAUCAGCUCUGUUGAUAUGAGUGGCAAAGAGGCCUCUACACUGCAGAAGGUUUACUUAGGUCAUAAUAGACUAACAGCGUUGCCAAGGGAGUUUCUAGCCAGCCAGCCCAGCCUGAUGGAGGUGGAUCUGAGAGGGAACCUGCUUCAGGAGCUUCCUGAGGGUUUCCUCCAGGACUCUGACAGCCUCCAGAAGCUAUAUCUUCAGGGAAACCAGCUACGCUUCCUCCCAGGCUCUGUGCUGCUGAAGCCGAGUCUGCAAAGGCUGGAACUGGAGGGGAACCCGUGGGACUGUUCCUGUUUGUUACUGGAAGCACUGGAGGAAGGCAAGAAGACUAACCGGACCACCAAUCUGCAGCAUCUGGUGGGGAACCUCACCUGCUUCUCUCCCAGGCAUCUGGCCAGCAGGACCGUGUGGUCGGUGAGGCUCAGUGACGUGUGCCGACCUGCUGGCCUCACGGCGCUCUUCAUCGUACUCCCCCUCCUCAUCCUUGCAGCUUUGGUGCUCUGCUGGUGCUGCGGGAGGAAGAGGAAGAAGAAAGAAGCGCCUGUUUUCAGCCCCUCAAAGAAGAGAGCCUCCAGCUCUGGCUGCAACGGCCAGAAACAUCGCGGCAAGCAACCACCUAUAGCUGCUGAGCAGCAUAAAGCUGUAAACUGUGGCAGUGAGGGGAUCCUGAAGAACCAGUUGCUGCUACGCCCGGCAUCAACCCUCCUGGGCAGCACCAGAGACAUCUAUGAAGAAGUGGAGAUCAAACUGGGCUCAGUGGAGUCUCUUCCCAGAGACUCUUCACACUGUUCCAGCUCCACAGAGGGGAGGCAGGGCUCCCAGGAUCCCGACGGGGCCAGCAAGACGGAGCUGGACACAGUUAGUGUGACGGAGGUGAUGAAAGACUCAGCCAACAGGGAGAAGGCUUACCUGACCCAGUCCACUGAAUACUACAGCCUGGUUCCAGGUAUCGAGCUGGAGGACUCGGACCACGGAGAGUAUGAGAAUGUUGACCUUGCAUGACACCGUCUAAAAGGAACAGUUCGACAUUUUGGGAAGUUUAUUUGCUUUCUUGCUGAGAGAAAAUCAGCACCACUCACAUGUUUGUGUGUUAAAAGCCCUAUGAGAAACUAUGAGUGAUGAGGUCUCACACAAACACACAAGUUUGUUUUUUUUACAUGAGAGAUUUCUGAAUCUGUGUUUAUGUCUGUGCUCUUCUCACUGGUUUAAAUGAGUUUUUGACUGUUGAAAUCUUACAAAAUAACCACAUUUGUUUAUUUUUUACUUUAUUGCUUGAGUAGUCGUAACAUUUAAUGUUACAGAGAUAAAUGCUAAGUUUUUAAGGCCUUUACGUUGCCUACCUUAGCAUUAUGAAUUGAAUCGGGGGAAACAACUAGCUUGGCACUGUCCUAAGUCUAAACCUCAAUAAAUGACACACUAGGGAGGUUUAAGGCUCGGUCACAUUUGAAGUUUACCUGUGCGUUCCUCGUUAAAUAGGCGGUGCUAGAGGCUCUGUGAUACCACAUAGAAUAAUUCAGCAAGUUUUUCACAGUUAUACAGGUCAAAGAAUGAUGGAAAACCAGUGGGGACUUUGUGUGUGUGUGUAUGUGUGUGUCUGUGGAUGUGUGUGUGUUUCAGAAAAAGCCAGUUAUCUAUAGACACAGAGACAGUGUGGUUUGACCACUGUAGUAUCACAAUGUAAGAGGAAGUGAUUUAAUCCGGAGCUUUUCCUGUGGGACCUGAGGAACGCAGUGACCGUUUGAAAGGGAGGCCCACUUUUUUCUCUCUGGAAAAAGAAAACUGCAAUUUGCUAAGUGUCGUUUAUUCUGUUUAAUGCUGCACUCCAUACAAAUGUACACUUAAUGUUGUUUUCAUUAACAAAGAACAGGACAUAUAUUUAGUUCAUGUGCUUAUUUGUUUAAGGUCAAGCAAGCUUUUCUUUACCUCACCCACGUCUGGCUGUUAUAUGCAUUCCACUUUUUUUAUACAAGUUGUUAGGGAUCAUACUCCCUCACCUUAAGUUGCACAACCAGAAAUAUAGGUGCUGAACAGUGUGACUAAUCCCAUCGCAGUGCCUGCAGUUAAUUGAAUAUGAAAUGUGGAAUUUAAAGCUUAGGUGAGAAGUCUAAAUUUAUAUAAGUCAUUGUUAAGCAAGGAUAAAAGGACAGAUGUUUGAUCAUGCUUUGCGUCACAAACGAAAAAGGUUGGAAAAUGUCAAGACGGUCACAUGUAAAUGCUGGCGAAUGCUGGUUUAAGAUAAAAAUCUCCGCAGGGCCUGUUCAGUAAACUGAGAUGCAGAACGUUUCUGUGCAGUGGCGCUACAACGCAAUGACACUGGAGAGGAGACCUACACAGAAGACAAAGCUCAACAUCAGGGUCAUCAUGAAGGAGCGGGACGCAGACAUUUGAUUGUUAUCUAAGAUGUGGAAAACAGACGGGCGUCCCACUCUCACACUUGUUGUCUUUGAAAGCUAAUUGGUUUGUGUUCAGUGAGGCAGAGUGAGCGAGGGUGUAGCGGAGGGUGUGGAGCUUCCUGGAAUUUAAAAAACAGAGGUGUAUUUUCCACAGGGGGUUUCACAUAUUUUCCAUAAAAGCUUUAUUUAUCAACACUGUAAGGUUUACUGCACUCCAAAUGCCAAAAGCCCUAAGGUCAAAAGACAAACUGACUAAUGAGUGAAUGUUGCAUUUUGUUAUUUUUAGUAUAAUUUUUUACACAGUAUCUUUAGCUAAAGACACUGAGAUCACGUUCUAGAUUUUCUCUUUUCACCUGUUUGUGAACAGGUUAGUUUGUUAGUUAUUUUUCAGCUGGAUUAUGCAAAAAAAGUUCAGAACCGAUUUGCACCAAACUUGGUGGAGGGAUGGGGCAUAGGCCAGGGAAAAACCCAUUAAAUUCUGGAGUGGAUCCAGUCAAAGGGGCAGAUCCAGGAUUUUCUUUUUUUUUUUUUUUUUUAUCAAUUUCCUUAGCAAUGUGAGAUAGGGCAUACAAGUAUGUAGCCAUCUCUUGCAUGCAAACAAGUCAGCAGGGAACAUUAAAUUGCUUUAAUUAGUUUUUCAGAUAUGAUAAAAUCUGUUUAUUUCAAUUUGACUACUUCUAGGCCAACAAAAUAAUAAAUGAAUAACAGCUUCACCAUUUAUAAGAACUGUGUUCCUGACACUAUGAAAAGGACCUUGACCUUUAAAUCUUGUUGUUGGAAAAUAAAAUUUAGAGCAGGCGUAAGUGGAUAAAUGAAAUAAACAAAAUACAACAUUUUCUGAGAGUGGUGAGAGGAUCCAUGACCUCAGUAUUUCUAAAAUCUGGGCUACAGUCCUGAUUGUAAAAGUGAAAUUAGGCAUAAUUGUAUAUUAUAUCAAACACAUAUACAUAGUAGUAUGAAUAAUUCUUCUUUGUAAAAAUAAAAUGGGUAAUACUGGUAUGACAUACAAUUAAAGCACUGAUUUUCAUCUUCAUGUUUAUAUUGGCAGAUGCACUAUCUUGAUUGUUUUUUGUUAUGCAACACCUGAAUAUUGUUGAGAGAAAAAUAAAUGCUUUUUUCAAGA